GUUGUGUGAAUGAAGAAGUGUAUAUGAAAGUGCUUGUAAGCACCUGACAAAUAUAAAAUAAGACAGGUGUGGAGGAGGACCGGGAGAGGUGCUCUGGAAGAAGUAACAGAAAUGGGUGCCAUGGAUUCCAGUUACAGUUGAAGAGCCUCUUUCUCUGUGACCUGAGGUCCCUCCCACCUCCUCUUUCUGCCCUGAGGGCCUGAAAAAUGCCUCUCUUCACUUGCUCCCAGUAGCUGCAGUAAAAUAGAUUACAAGGGAAAACCGCCUAUUCCCCCGAAGCAGUAGCUCUCCAGAACUCAUCUGGAGGUCCAGGUCACUAGGGGAGAAGAGGCCGGGCUGAAUCCACGCCUGGCUCUACGGAGGAGCCACAACGAUGGCCAUCCUCCCCAAGCUCCUAGCACGCUGAGACAGGCUCACCUGAGGUUAUCAGUGACUCCACUGGACAACCAAGGAACUGAGGUUCUUUCCCUCCAAAACCACACACCUCCUCACGGCUUCACAGGGAGGAGGAUCAAAUGACCUGCUCUUGAAAGCACUUUGCAAAAGGGAUGAAAGGUACAAUAACGAGCAAAAAUAGCCUCCAAGAUGUGAUAUAAAGCGAUGCCAAUGCGCAGCUGUGUGGUUACUGGUAAGCAGACCUCCAGGAAGCACAGGAGACACCCCACUUAUCCAACAAACGUUCUCAUCCCAUAUGCCUUUGUCCAAAGGUUGCACGGGGGUUAAGCUUGGCCCAGAAGGCGCCAAGGGCUGGUCAAGUCCUGGUCAAGUCCUCCCCUUUCCAAGAACCAGCCGAAUCUCCCUCCCGCAGAUCUGAGAGGCAGAGCCGCCCACCCCGCGGCGCCGGGCCACUUCUGGGCGCGCCAUCCGCCGUCCGCCCAGGCUCGGGGAGACAGCGCCCUGAGUGCCGGCUGGGAGAAGGUUGCUCACCUGGUCCUCACGGAUUCCAGCGGAGGGGCGUGACCGCUUCUCCCCACACCCUUUGCCCUGAGCGGGUCGUGAAGUCUCUUGGCCCCAGGGGGCGCGGCCCGCAUCGGCCAAGUCCCGGGCACUCACCUACGCCCUCCCAUCCAGCGGACUGGGUAGGGGGCCUCGGGCGGUGCCGGAGAAACGGGGGCGGGCUGCACCCAGUAGAAUGGGGUGGGCCUCUCAGAAGCCCCAGGCCGCAGGGGCGGGGCGCGCUCCCAACAUCUUCCCACAAAGAGCUCCAGCUCUCCAAAGCAAGGCGCAGUGCGGCCGGAGGACAGCCCCAACCUCUGAGAGGGGCGCGAGGAGAAGGAGAGCGCCGUGGGGGCGGGGACCCUUCCCGGCCCGCGCCCUGAGCCCUCAGCCCCGCACAAUGAGUUUAGCCCGACUCCAUCCCGACCUCCCUCUCCGCCCGGGCCCGGGCCCGCGACCGCGUCCCACGCCGAGUGCUCACCGAGGGGCCGCUGCCGCGGCAGCUGAGGCCCCGGCCCAGCCGCCUCCCUGCCUCGGCCACCGCCGCCGCCGCUUCCUUCCUCCCCGCCGCGCUCCGGGACUGGAGGUUUCGGGUUUCAGCCCGCCGAGCCCCGCUUCGCUCCUCCCGCGGGCCAGCCACCAGCACGCGGACCCGGGCAAACGCAGGCCAAGUAACUUUGCGGCGCCCGCGCCCCGCCUUCCCCACGCCCGGCCGGGCCCCUCCGGCCCCCAAAGCCCCGAGCCGCCUCCCAGCGCCCCGCACCGCCCCGCCCCGCGCGGCUCCCGGCGCCCCUCCCCACCCGCGCCCCUUCCUUCGCGUCCGUCAGCUCGCCCGCCCUCCCGGCUGCUUCUUUCCCAUUUCUUCCCACGAACAGCCUCGGCUGCUGCUCUUUGUCUCGCCCUUACCCUCUCGGCUCGCCCCACUUUUCUCCUGAAAACCUUUGUGGUCCCUAACUCAGGCCUUCCCUGUUCCCGUUCCUGCGUCCCAGUUCCAGCCGCUGGGACGUCCCCUUUUCCAUGUCUCUCUGCAUCACACAGACACUUUCAGAUUCUUCCCGCAGGCUCCGCACAGUCCCAUUCUCCUCCUUCAGUCCCGCCGUGGAAGAUCCUGGUAUCGCCUUUGCUGCUCACCUUUCAUUCAUCCAGCCGACGGGCACGAGCAUCCAUCUGCGUGCUGCCAGACUCUGUCCCGGGCUCUGUGAAUACCACAGUGAAUCCGCCCUGGGGAGUGGGGAGUGGACGUAAACAGGUCUUCACACUGCUGCCCUGCACUCCCUCGGAGCCAAAAGGCCAGGGAGCAGUCAUCACAAAACAAAGAGCGGGCGCUGUCAGCUAGGAGGACGGAACAGUUCCUUCUCAGAAUGUUUGUUUUGCCUUCCUCACUCCCCACUUUCCCUGCCUGUCUCCAGCCUCCUACGUUUUCUAUGCAGCAGUCUUAAUAAGGGGAUGAAAAGUUGAAGCACAGAGUAGAACUGCUAAAAAAGGAAAGAAGGAAGGACAAACAGGGCAACAAAAUAAUCAGUACACCUCCACUGAUAGAAUGGUAAAACCAUUUGACCUCAGAUGAAGACUUCCCUGAAACUGGUGCGCCACUGGACUGAUCAGAAACAAGAGCCAAUCUAUAUAUAUAUAUAUUUUUUAUUAAAUCAGUAUGGGUUUAUUUCUCUGUUAGUUGGAACAGAAAGCAUCUAACUCAGUGGUUCUUAAUAUGACAUUUUGGAAGGUAUUUUGGGUUUGUCACAAUGAUUAGAGGACACCCCAGGCAUUUAUUGGGUGGGGCCCAGGAUAUCAGACAUCUUGCAGUACAUGAAAUAGUCCUACACAAAAAGAACAGUUCCUCUCACACGUGACAAUAAAAACUGUCUGUACUUUUCUAA